AUGGGCCACGUUUGCACCAAAAUCAUGAAGGCGGCCCGGGUCAUCACUGAGAAAUACUACCCGUGCCUGGGUAAUGACUUCCACACGAACAAGCAUGUGUGCGAGAUCGCACAUCUGAUGAAGCGGACUCAGGCUCCCCUCGGCUUGCUGAGCCUGCUGCUGCCCCCCUUCAGUGCAGCAGCUCCCAUCUCCCCAGCCGAGCCCAUCAGACAAGCCUACAGUCUGGCGCUUUACAUGCAGAAGAACACCUCAACGCUGCUGCAGACUUAUCUCCAGUACCAGGGCAGUCCCUUCAGUGACCCGGGCUUCUCGGCUCCAGAGCUUCAGCUCAGCAGUCUGCCUUCUGCUGCUGUUUCCUUCAAGACCUGGCACGCCCUGGAAGAUGGGGAGCGACUGAGCCAUGCCCAGGGGGCCUUUUUGGCCUUGACCCAGCACCUCCAGCUUGUUGGGGAUGACCAGAUCGACUUGAACCCUGGCAGUCCCAUCCUGCUGGCCCAGCUUGGAGCUGCAAGGCUCAGGGCCCAAGGUCUACUGGGCAACAUGGCUGCCAUCAUGACUGCCUUGGGUCUCCCCAUUCCCCCAGAAGAGGACACUCUUGGUCCUGUGCCAUUUGGGGCUUCAGCCUUUGAGAGGAAAUGUCGGGGCUAUAUAGUAACCAGGGAAUACGGCCACUGGACAGAUCGAGCUGUGAGGGACUUGGCUCUGCUCAAGGCCAAAUAUCCAGCAUAG